AUGGCAACUGCAAACAGCAAUGCGCCAAAUCACAAAAUCAUCGGCACCAGAGACCCAACCAAAUCCUACACAGACCGCAAAUCUACUCGCGUCGUGGCCCUCAAGCCCUCAGGUGAAAUCGCAAUAAUCUACGUCAAAGAAGGAAACUACUACAAACUCCCCGGCGGCGGCGUCGAGGCAGACGAGAGUCACGCCGACGCCGCCCUGCGCGAAGUCAAGGAGGAAACCGGCGCAAUAGUCGCUCUACGGAGCACCGGCUGCUUUGCCACGACUGAAGAAUUUCGCUUCCAUCAGCAUCAGAUUUCGUAUUGCUAUCUGGCUGAUGUUGUUGAUGAUACGGGGGAGCCGAGUUUGACGGAAGAGGAGCUUGCGGAUGGGUUUGUUCAUCAGUGGAUGACGGUUGAUCGGGCCUUGGAAGCCAUGUCUGCGGCCGAGCCAACGACGGAGUUUGGCCGUUUCGUUAAGGAGCGGGAUGUCUAUGUUUUGUCCAAGGCCAUAGGGUAUAUCGAGGCAUCAAGUUAG